AUGCUUCGUCUCGCUCUUGCUCCACUCGUCGCUGUGUUUGUCUUCUGCGAACACAAGACAGCAAGUGCCAGCACGACAGCAGAAGCACAAACGCUCAGUUGUUUGACUGAGAUGAACGAGGCAAGGACUGCCGCAGGACUACCUGCGUUUGGGGAGGCAUCCGACGCCGCCGUUUUUUUUUGCUCUUUCUUCUAUUCUGUGAAGGAAACCGGCGAGACCCCUGAAGCUAAAAAACUAGAGGGGACCUUUGCAUACUACGCCGGCAAGAAGGACUGCAAAGCGGCGGUGCAGCACUGGAAAGACAGCUUUUCUCUCUUCAAUAACGAGAUCCCCCCAAAGUACAAGGGUUUGAAUGACCCUGAAGUGUAUGAUAGCAGGGCUGUCUCCUUUGUCGCUCUCUAUAACCCCAAGGCGAAUCCUAUUGCCAGCUGCGCCUUUGUCACCUGCACAACUGCAGACACAUAUUCUGCUGGGAGGACCUCUACAAGCCACAGCAGCCCGACAUUAAGAAGACUUCAAGAUGAAAAUCAAAAUGCUACUGCAGUUAUAUGCUUAACGAACCCGGUGGCACUGACUGCUGAAGAAGCGCCAUUCACGGAGGAUGAAUGGCAAAAGAUCGUUCACUCUAUAGUUGGUACUGAAGAGGGCAACGGAGUUUCGCCGAUCAGACCGUCAUUGGCACUUGGGUUCAUGAUAGCAAUUUUCGUCUAUGGUCUUUUAUAG